AUGCCAUCCAAGAAAGCUGAUGCAAAAUCGGUGGCCAGGAAAAGCAAGUUGGAGGAGACAAAGAAGGGACUAAAGAACACCAAAAAGGUAGAAAAGGAUGACAAGAAAAGAGCAAAGAAAGUGGAAGAACCAGCUAAGGGAAAGGGGAAAGGUGGUGGUAAGAAAGGAAAACAAAAGCAACCUGUCAGUGAGUCAGAGGAGGAAUCUGAGGAAGAAGGAGAGAACUUGAGGAGUGAAAAAUCAGAUAGUGAUGAGAGUGAAGAAGAAGUAGUUGCAAAGGUAAAAGCUCCCUUUGAUUUAGCUAAAGGUAAAGCGGUUGUUAAAAAUACAUAUAAAGUGACAGCCCUCAAGGUUUCUCAGCCUCCCCCGGGUGAUUCACCUUCAUUGGAUGACGAGAAUGAGGAGCUAGACAAAGAGGAGUCACAAGGGACAAAAGGGAUGGACGUAAUCAACCUCAAAAAUACGAGUGAUGGCCAAAUUAAGGGAGCCUCUAAAGUCACAAUGGGCUUUGCUGAGGAAGAACAGAAAAACAUGGUUGGAGGAAAGUUGCAGAAGACAGCGGAUGCCAAGGGUUACCUCAGAGGGGCAUCAAAAGUCAUCAGUGGCCUCACAGGAAGGGCCUCCCCAUUCAGUCUUCCCAUUAAACAAAAGCAGUCAGAGAAACCCAAACCAAUUAGGAGUCUUAGAAGUACAUCCAGUCUUUUUAUGCCUCUCUCCAAGAAAAAGGAGAACCCAACUACUUCUGGUAAACCUCUUAUGAGCGCAGCUAAAGUUCCAGAUGACCUUGGGGCUAAAUCCACGUCUGAGGAACAAAAGCCAGGUCCCUCAGGUUUGAAAAUUUUAAAAGGACUUGGGGCCAAAGACACCUCUGAUGAGGAAAGGCCCAGUAUGUCCGGUUUCAAACUCGGCAACACAAAACAGAACAGUCCAGGCAAUUCCACUCCUCCUCCCCCCCAAAAGGGAGUAGACCUGUCCAGUUUAGCAGGGACACGGAGCAUGGCUGCAGAGGCAAAGGGAUUGGGAGCAAAGUUCAAAGGCAUGUUUGGCAAAAAGAAAUGGGAAAAUGAUGAGGAUGAUGGCAACUUUUACCCUGAUGGCGAAUUUUAUGCUGAUGGUGAUGUGGAUUACUACUACACUUACCCAUAUGAUGAAUGUGAGCUUAAUGGCGACGAAGAGGUGGAAUAUUACUAUGGUGAUGAUGGAAAGCUCUACGCUAUUGUGCAAGAGCCAUUUGGUUACUCCAACAAUGACAUGGAAAAUAUCUACAAUCCAUAUGAGUCUGAGAUGUACACAAAUUCUUACUUUGAUCCUAAUAUGGAUGCUGACUUAGUGAUGUCUGAGCAGUAUGGAAUAGUGAAUGAUAGUUCAAUUAAAAUUCAGCAAAGGGAAGCAAUGGAAAACCCUGAAAGUUCAACCCAAAUGCUACCCAGUGCACAGAUGAAUUCUGAUCCUAGUGAGGUAGCGUCUAGGCUUCCAGAUGGAUCGUCACACACAAUUCAAGCUUCAACAUCAGUCUCCAAUGGGCCUCUCCUCUCUGGUGCAUUGCUGAACAGCAGCAUCUAUGGUUCCUCAUACAGGCUUUCUAACCCAUCACUACUGCAAGGGACUGCUGCCAGAAUGACUCCAUCUGUUGACCUUUCCAGUGCUCUUAGUAACCCGAAGAUCAGUCGUCCCACCUACCGUUUGCCAACUAAUACUUUGAUUGCUCACCACCAGUCCUCAUCUACACAUGAAACAGUUGACCUGUCCAGUGCUUUGUCAAAAAGCACCAACAUUCGCGAGGCAGAUAUCCAGCAAUCUGAUGGUAAUAUAGUGCUUCAACAAGAUACCCCUUAUGCCCCACAGUCCUGCUCGUUAGAUCUCACCGGUGCACUCCAGAACCCAGUCCUUCAGGGGGCCUCUUAUCGCCUCCCUUCUACAUGUGCUGUGGUGUCACCCCAUGUCCAGGAUUCUGUUCCUGAAAAGCACUGGGCUCAAGCCCCCGGAGUUGACGUUAUGGGCACCCAGCAAGAAAUGGAUGCAUGGGGUGAAGACAAAGUCUUACCUCAUGGGACAGUACAAAACCUCAAUAAGUGGUCCGUGUUUGGAGAAGACAAGCUAAUGGACCACCAGCACUUGAUUGCUCAGCGAAACAUGGAGGAUAAACCAGUGGUGUGUAAUCUCAGCAGGGAAGGGGAACCUCAGGGUCCAUGGUUUGACAAGAUGUACUCAAUCAGAAGCCUCCCCACAGUUACACACCCGGAGCAACGAGAGGAAGACGGCAUUGAAGACAUGACACAGCUUGAGGAGAUGCACGAUGAUGCUGUUCUUCUUAAUCUAAAAACGAGGUUUGAACGGAAUCUUAUUUACACCUAUAUAGGUAGUAUUCUGGUUUCUGUGAACCCUUAUAAGAUGUAUAACAUCUAUGGGACAGACAUGGUCCUGCAGUACAAGGGUCAUGCCUUGGGCGAGAACCCUCCACAUUUGUUUGCUAUAUCAAACGCUGCUUAUACCAAAAUGAUGGAUGCCAAACAUAAUCAGGUCAUAAUUAUCAGUGGGGAGAGCGGGUCUGGGAAAACAGAGGCCACCAAACUUGUCCUUCGCUACCUUGUAGCGUUGCAUCACACAUGUGAUCUUGCCCAACAGAUACUUGAGGCGGCUCCUCUCCUGGAGUCAUUUGGAAAUGCCAAAACUGUACGGAAUGAUAAUUCCAGUCGCUUUGGGAAACACAUGGAGGUCUUCAUGGAUGAUGGUGUGAUCCGUGGUGCCAUAACUUCUCAGUAUCUUCUAGAAAAGUCUCGCAUCGUCUUCCAGGCCAAAGAUGAGAGGAACUAUCAUAUCUUCUAUGAGAUGCUGGCAGGUCUUCCUUCUCAUCAGAAGCAGACUUUCUAUCUCCAGGAGGCUGAGACCUACUAUUACCUCAACCAGGGAGGGGAUUGUGGGAUUACAGGAAAGGAUGAUGAGGAGGACUUCCAGCGUCUGCUUGCUGCCAUGGAGAUCCUUCGCUUCACCUCAGAUGACCAGUCGGCCAUUUUCAGAGUUUUGUCUUCCAUACUGCACCUGGGCAACGUCUACUUUGAGAAAUAUCAGGCUGACGGCCAGGAGGUGGCGACAGUGGUGAGCACCCAAGAGAUCAGGGUGGUAGCAGAACUUUUGCAGAUCUCUCCUGAUGGCCUGCAGAAAUCCAUCACUUAUAAAGUCAUGGAGACGAUGAGAGACAAGAUUUACACGCCGCUGACUGUGGAAAGCGCUGUAGAUGCCAGAGAUGCAGUUGCCAAGAUUUUGUACUCGCUGCUCUUUCACUGGUUAACAGAGAGAGUCAACGCUCAGGUGUAUCCUCACCAAAAUACUCUCUCCAUCUCCAUCCUGGACAUUUAUGGAUUUGAGGAUCUGGCAUACAACAGCUUUGAGCAGCUGUGCAUAAAUUAUGCGAACGAGUACUUGCAGUUCUUCUUUAACAAGAUAAUUUUCCGGGAAGAACAGGAGGAGUAUAGCAGGGAACAAAUUCCGUGGCAGGACAUUCCAUUUAAUGACAACCAGCCCUGUAUCGACCUCAUUGCCGCCAAGCCUCAUGGCAUACUAAGAAUCCUAGAUGAUCAGAGUUGUUUCCCACAGGCGACAGAUCAUACAUUUCUCCAAAAAUGUCACUAUCACCAUGGCAACAACCCAUUGUAUGUGAAGCCAAAGAUGCCCAUCCCUGAGUUCACCAUCAAACAUUUUGCUGGAUGUGUCACCUAUCAGGUUUACAAGUUCCUUGAUAAAAACUACGACCAGGUUCGUCAAGAUGUCCUGGACCUGUUCAUUCAGAGCAGGAACAAGAUGGUGUCAAACCUCUUCCUGGCUCAUGCCGAAGUCAUGGGGCAGCAGAAAGGAGGUCAGGUGACGAAGAGCAGCACGGUCACCAGGAAAUACCAAGCAUCCACCGUCAGCAGCAAGUUCCAACAGUCCCUCCUGGAACUCGUGGACAAGAUGGAGAGGUGCAACCCAUUUUUUGUCCGCUGCAUUAAGCCAAAUAACAUGAAGCACGCAGGUGUGUUUGAGGUUGACCUGGUCAAAGGUCAACUACGACACUCCGGCAUUAUGGAAACCAUCAGGAUCCGCAAAGAGGGAUAUCCUGUCAGGAUGGCAUUUUCCGUCUUCCUGUUCAGAUAUAAAUCCCUGGUGGGAAUUCAACAACUGCCGUUAGCUACCGGAGACAACUGUGUGCUUCUCCUCAGCAAACUGUGCCCCCUCAAGACAGGAGACUACCAUGUCGGGGUCACAAAGUUGUUUGUGAAGGAGGCUGUUUACCAGCUGUUGGAGUGCAAGCGGGAGCACUGUCGCAGGCUUGCUGCACUCACCCUGCAGCGUUACGCUCGCAUGUACUUUGUGAGGAAACGCUACGUAGACCUCCGCAACAUGAUCAUCAGGCUACAGGCCCAAUGCAGAGGGUUUCUGAUGAGAAGGCACUAUGUGAAAAUGAAAGACAGCCUGGUACGGUUCCGAUCCCUCGUCCACUUUUAUAUCUCCCAGAAACGAUAUGUCAAGAUGAAGUUGAUGGCCCGUAGGAAAGCUGAGGAGGAGAGGAAGAAGAGAGAAAUGGAGCUGAUGAAGAGAGAGGUGGUAAAUGUCACACACUUGGUGAUCCCUGCAGAGCUUGGUACUCUACUGCAAGCAGCAGGAGUCAGGGGAGAAUUACACUCUGACUGCCUGGCCCUGCUUCAAGCUCCUCAUAUCCAAGAGUCCUCUUCCAAUCAACUCACUCUGCCUCUGGACAUCAACAACUACCCCUUCUAUCGUUACGUGCUCAGCAACUUCAGAGAGCCCAAGUUCGGGAUGUUGCUGACACCCCUGGAAGCACCUCUAACAUGCAUAGAAGAGGACCUGAAAGAAGCAGCACUGCAGAUUUUCAACAUGGUGUUACGAUUCAUGGGGGACCCUCAUCUCAAUGGGGCACAGGAAAACAUUUUUGGCAAUUACAUCGUCCAAAGAGGUCUUUCAUCUCCGGGCUUGCGGGAUGAGAUCUUGGCGCAGGUGGUCAACCAGGUGUGGCGAAAUUUCAACGCUGACAACGCAGAGAGAGGCUGGCUUCUGUUGCUUGGAUGUGUCUGCAGCUUCGCGCCCUCACCACAGAUGGACAGAUAUCUACUCAAGUUUGUUUCUGACCACGCUGCCACUGGUUGCCACGCAUUGCUACAGCAUAGACUCAUGCAGGCCAGUCAGAAAAUGCAGCAGAACUCAGGCCCCGCCUCUGAGACCUCACGGAUUUACCCGCUGUCGCUACUGGAGUGGACGGCCAACAGGAAAAAAGCUAACAUGGUGUUACAGGUGCAUUGUUUUGAUGGAGAGUCUUUGCUGUGUCCCGUCCACUCCUGGACCAGCGGCGAGGAUAUAGCGGGAGAUGUCCUCCGCCACAGAGGUGUGUCCGAAUGGUGGAGAGGGAGUUCAAUCCUGAUGAUGGAGCACGGCCAGUGGGUGGAGUUAGCGGGUCACGACUACGUGAUGGACCUCAUUGCAGACAUGGAGCUUCCCAAUGACUUCCCAAAGCAGAAGAGCUACUUCAUCAUCAGUACUGACAACCCCACUAGAGUCAGAGCCAACGCUAGCCUAACAUUAUUUGGUAGUGGCUUUGACUCAGAUGAUGAACUUCUGCCUUCUGUUCUUCUAAGCGGGGACUGCAGACCACCCUACAGCCUGUCUGACUCUGACGGUUACCACAGCCACGUCGAGUCCGAUGCAUUCAGUGAUGGUCAGACUCAGAGAGGAAUGGACCGCUAUCUGGACAGCCUGUUCGAGCCCGUGCUGUCGGACAGCAGUGUGACUGGAACUUUGGCAGCAAGGAUUAAGGGGGGUGGAGGCAUCUCAAGAGGCGAAAGAAAAGAGGAGGAGAGUCACCCGGUCCCGAGUCGAUCAUUUCCGCGUGCAAUACACCCUGGAGGAACGGAGCACACAUUACUGACUCAACAGCAACAAGCCAUUAUCAACCAGCAAGCCAUCAUUCUGGCCCAGCAGAUGACCAUGCAGGCCAUUGCCAUCCAGCAACAGAUGAUGUCCUCCUUCCCUGCCUCUCAGUCGUUGCCACUUCAUUAUUACAUUCACUCACCACAACAUUCUCACACUCCAAGCCCAGAAAGCGUAAACACACCCGUGAUGAAAGAGCGAGAGGAUUCACCACCAAGGUUCAGCUCUCAGCGCAAAAACAGUCCCCCUCCAGAGGAUGUGGUCCGUGCCAGUGUGAGUAACACCGAACGCAUGGAGCCCAGCCACGACAUCAAAGACAUCAUCAAACAGCACAAGCCCGCCAGCAUGACUCCCUCUGGGUCUUCCGUCAGACGGAAAGAUGAGGGAAAGGUUUUCACGAAGAAGCCAGACCCCCAUGACGAAGCCAUGGAGAUCCUUAAAGACCAAAUGGCCAAUCCACCUCAACCGAGGAAGUCUCAAUCUUUUCAUCAUAAAGAGGAGAGUGGAGACGGUAAAAUUACAAAGCCCAACUCCAACAUGGGCCACGCUCCUCCUGCAGUCUGCAGAGAGUUGCCGGUCGAAAAUGAGGUCAUCCAGACUAAACUCCACAGCAGGACCAGUGAUGACUAUUACACCUACACCAAUGUCCCCUGGAAACUUUACUUGAGGAAGGAGGUGUUUUAUCCGAAAGAGAACCUCAGUGAUCCGCUGAUGCUGGAUCUGAUCUUCAGACAGGUGGUACAUGACACAUUCUGUGAGGCCUGCAUUCGUAUUACUCAAGAGGAGCGACAAAAGAUGAAAACUCUCUUCGUUGAAAACCAGGUGGAUCAGGUUGUUGGAACUCACACUGAGAAUGUGAAGAAGAAGGUGGUUGCCAUGGCAAGAGACUCAUGGGAGAUCUACUUCUCUCGCCUUUUCCCAGCCUCUGGCAGUGUGGGGACAGGAGUGCAGGUGUUGUCCGUGUCACAAAAAGGGAUUAAGCUGCUUAAGUUGGUGAGGAAAAGCUCCACUGGUCCAGACUACUUCAGAGUACUAAGGCCUUACAGCUACUCGGACAUCUUGUUCGUCUCCAUUCCAUCCAAAAACAUGUUGGAGUUCAAUCUGGUCAAUGAGAAGCUGAUUCUGUUUUCGGCUCGAGCCCAGCAGGUCAAAAGUAUGAUCGACUACUUCCUCACAGAGAUUAAGAAGGAUUCGGAGUAUAUGGUGGCAGUGAGGAACUACAUCAAUGAGGACGGGACGCAGCUGAGCUUCCACAAAGGGGAUAUCAUCAGACUACAGCACAUGGAGGGCCUGGAGGCUGGCAAACGUUAUGGCUGCAUUGUGAAGAAAAAGGUGAUGCUGUUGGAAGAACUCAAGAGACACACCCCUGAUUUUGGCUGGCGUUUCGGAGCAGUGUGUGGGAUGUCUGGAGCGUUUCCCAUUGAACAUGUUCGACCGGUGGCUGCUCCAGACUUCCUUUUUCUCCCUACAGAGAGGGUGGAGCCUCGCGACAGACAAGGACGCGUCGCUGCAUCGGCUACUGUUGCCGUAGCGAUGGGCUCAGCGGUCGCGGCCCAAGAGCUUGACCGCUCAACAGAAGUUGUGACGGACACUUAUAUGGAGAGCCUGGAUGCGGAACUGGAUGAUGUGUCGCAGUAUGGCAGCCAGUUCCAUAUGCUUGAGUUUGCCAAGAGGUUCUUCAGAGAGGCACAAACAAACCGGAUUGAUCCAAAGGCCAAAAGGGGGAGAGAGGGCAGGGAUCCAGCCGAUAUGAUCAAAUUCUCCAAGUCUCCACUCCAUGAGUCUCUGAUUGACUUCUCAGACAUUGGAAUGAACAAAGUGGCUUCUGACAUCUCCUUGGCCAUCAUGAGGUUCAUGGGAGACUUGCCGCUGAAAGGUCAGACUGAACAGGACCUUGUCAACAUAAUACUGAAGUUAACUGCUGAUCAUGGCCUAAUGAAGGAUGAAGCCUAUUGCCAGGUGAUGAAGCAAGUCACUGCCAACAACAGCUCCAAACCAGACAGUUGCCAGAGGGGAUGGAGGCUGUUGUACAUCCUGACUGCUUUCCAUCGCUGUUCACAUGUUAUGAAGCCAUUCCUCUUCAGCUUUCUCCAUGACGCCUCCGUCAGCAUUGCUCAGCAGUACCAAGGUAUUGCCAAGGCAUGUGAGCAGAAUCUGAGGAAAACGUUUCAGUACGGAGGGCGGGUGCAGUAUCCAAACAGCAUGGAACUGAAAGCAAUGAUGGCAGGGCGGAGCUCCAAAAGACAACUGUUCCUCCUGCCAGGUGGAAUGGAAAGGCACUUGAAAAUCAAAACAUGUUCUGUGGCUUUGGAUGCUAUUGAAGAGCUUUGUUAUGAAAUGGACCUGCACAGAGUGGAGGCUUUGGAUGAAUAUGCCAUCUUUUUGGUCACACACAAAGGUCAGAAUGUUCGUCCCGUGAUCAAGAGGGAAUACAUCUUGGAUGUUGCUAUAGAAGCCGAACCAAUAGAUGCCAACUACAGUCUUUGGUUCCGAAGAGUCACAUGGAGCCUUGCUUUGAAACUUGAUAAUGAACUCUAUGUUACUAUGCAUUAUAACCAGGUAUUGCCCGAUUACUUGAAGGGCCUGCUAAGUGUAGUCCCUCCCAGUAAGGCAAGGGAACAACAUCUGCAACAGCUCGCCAGACUGGCUGCUCUACAGCACCGUGCCAAAGAUUCCGUCUAUCUGCCCUCCUUACUUGAGUUGCAGGAGUGUGUACCCCCACAGUUCUACAGCAAACAGAACUCACAGCAGUGGCUCAAUAUGGCAACUCAACACAUGCAACAAGUCCAGCCUCUGAACCCACAUCAGGCCCGUGCACAAUUUCUUGGUCUGGUGAGUCCUUUUCCCAUGUUUGGCUCGUCCUUCUUCUACAUCCAGAGUUCCAGCUCAGCCUCCAUCAAGGCUCCGUGCAUCCUGGCGGUGAAUCUAAAUGGAUUCCACUUUCUUAACAAAGACACACAUGAGGUGAUGGUGCGUUUCCCUUUAAAGGAGGUCCAAUCCACCCGCACUCAGAGACCAACAUCAGGCUCAAGUUACCCAUACGUUGAGAUCAUGAUCGGAGACCUGCUCAACCAACGCAUCACACAGCUACAGCUGGAGCAGGGUCUGGAGCUGUGUAGAGUGGUUGCCAUGCACAUGGAGAACAUGCUGUCUGCCAGGGAAAAGAGACUCACGUUGCCUCCGAGUGAAAUAACACUACUAUAACAUACAAACAUUAGAAAGGGCCACACAUAUAAGGUGUAUUGCUGUAAGAGGAGCUGAUUCUAUCAUUUCUUGUAUGGACCACCCAAAACCUCCAUCCAAUAAAGUUGGGAUGUCAUGGGUAACUUGUGCCAUGCAAAAAAAGACAAGCUCAAACAUGGGAAACGUACACACACAUAUGUAAACGCUAACCAUUAUUUUUUUCAUGCCCCUUCAAUCCACAGCUUCUACCUCUGUUUUCUUAAUGACCUUUUUUUGUUUACCACUUCAAUGAUAAAAUGAUAGCAAUCCAAUUUGACUUAGAGCUUUACAAACAUUUGUAAUAGUGAAGAACGAAUAAAUAUAUGGAACCAAUCCUGGAUUAUCCCUUAUAAUUGCAAUUUUUCUGGACCAUUACAUGAAUAUAUAUAUAUAUAAUUUGUCAGAUUCAAUGUUAUUUAAUACAGUUAACAGAAACGUGUAUAUUUAUAAGAUGAGAAAACAGCCUCUGCAUGCCACACUGCUACUUUAAGACAUGUGAAUCACUCAAAUGUCUGUAGCAAACGAUGUGAAUCAAAAGUGGACGUGAGCUUGUGUCAGGGAGGUUGUUGUCAUAGAUUGAACUUUUUUGGUGAGUCCCAGUUUUUUGGAAACUGGAAUGAGUCGGACUUCUUUUCAGAAGAACUGCGUGGUUUGAUUGGCCUUGAUUACCGAGCGACUAAAUGUAAAUUGCUAUAAUGUGCUCUUACAGUGAGUAAGGAGCUCUGCUGUGGUAGCUGCCAACUCCUGUUUGUUUGUCCUCGCAGAAAUGCACGUGGCGGGCAUUCCAACUGUACUUUAAAAUAAUUUUUGCGUUUAUAGUGGUAAAUAAUAGGAAGGAUGCUCCUGGCAUUAAAUAAUACAUUUUACUUCCUACAUAUAAUUCAAAGGGAGAGACCAUUUUAACAUUUGUAUUUUGACAAUAUUUAUGUACAGACGUCAAUAUUUUCUGUAAAAAUGCAAAAUACUUAUUGUACAAAAUAAAGGCAUGUGAAUUAAUUAAGGUUUGUAGCAUUACUAAAAGAAAAUGAGCAAAUGUGUUUAUUUUAUUGCCUGUCCAAUGCCAAAGAGUCCCAUUGAUGGACACCUCUACAAAUGUUUCAUUUUUUACCCAUCAAGGUUCUUGUAAGCAAGCAACCAACACACAAAACAGUAAGAAUUCAUAUCAAAUGUAUACUUAAGAGAAAUAGAUUAACUUCGACCAGCGUCCUACUUACAAUGCUGUGAAAAAGUGUUU